AUGCCGGCCGAGAUAAACGACCCGUCAAACGAGCUGUCGGAGUUCGAAAAACAGCGGCUCGCCAACAUCGCCGAACGAGAUGCGCUGCUGAAGAAGCUCACCCUCGAGGCGCAAUCCUCUGGUCUCUUGUCCAAACCGUCGCCAAAGACUGCAGCUGGCGAUGGCUCCCGAUCCAAGAAAAAGGCGACCCCAAAGAAGGCGAAGAAGGAAGAUGAGCCCCCCGUCCCCCGCCGCAUGUCGGCCAGGCUGCGCGGGAUCGCCGCCGACAGCGAGGUCGAGAAACGCAAAGCGGACGAGGCUUACGAGGCUGCCCAGGAGGCGGAACGGGCCAAGAGGAUGCGCAAGUCGGAUUUCUUUACUCUCGAUAACAUGCUGAUUUCCGGGCAGAAGCUCAGCGGCGACGACCUCCUCGGCGUGGAUGUUAUCACAAAAGGUGUCGCGAAGCCUUACCAACGGACAUUCGGCGAGGAGGAUGUCAAGAACACAACAGAUAAGGAUUUGAAAAAGCUGAGAGAGCAGAUGAGUGGGUUACAGCUUUGGGAGUUAUGGGAGCCCAACCGCAUCAAAAUCACGCCCGAACGAGUGUACACGAUGACGUUCCAUCCCUCCGAAGUAAAGCCCCUGAUAUUCGCCGGCGACAAGAUGGGCCAUCUCGGCGUCGUGGAUGCAUCCCAAGAGCGUCCGACAUCCAAUGUCAAACGGGAAGAUGAGGAAGAGGAAGACGACCCGGAUCCAGCAAUCACAACACUCAAGCCUCAUACUCGCACCAUCAGUUCAAUGGUCAUACAACCGCAGAAGCCCACCCAUUUGUAUACUGCCAGUUACGACAGCUCCAUUCGGGAAAUGGACCUGGAGAAGAUGACCUCUGAGGAGAAGUAUGCACCCGAAGACACGACCACGGAAGACCCGCUCUCCGGCAUUGACAUGGCACCGGACGAUCCCAACUGUCUGUACUGGACCACGCUGGACGGCGCUUUCGGGCGCUACGACGUCCGGACACCGGCCAAGGAGAGCACAGUUGCGCGCUGGCAGCUCUCCGAGAAGAAAAUCGGGGGAUUCUCCCUGCUACCGUCUCAUCCACAUUAUUUCGCCACGGCAAGCCUGGACCGGUUCAUGCGUCUUUGGGAUCUCCGAAAGCUAUCACACACCGACCCCGUGCCCGUGGGAGAACACGAGAGUCGCCUGUCCGUUUCCCACGCUGCGUUCAACAGUGUCGGUCAGAUCGCGACUUCGUCGUACGACGACACCAUCAAGCUGUACGACUUUGGCCGAAAGGGCAUCGCAUCAUGGAGUCCCGGCCACACGCUUUCUGAUGACGACAUGAAGCCGGACACUGUCAUUAGGCACAAUUGCCAGACAGGGAAAUGGGUGACUAUUCUUCGCCCCCAAUGGCAGCAGAACCCCCAAUCGCCAAUCCAGCGCUUCUGCAUCGGCAACAUGAACCGCUUUGUCGACAUCUACAGCGCAAGCGGCGACCAGCUUGCUCAGCUCGGGGGUGAUGGAAUCACGGCGGUGCCUGCGGUGGCCGUUUUCCAUCGAAGCAAAGACUGGGUUGCGGGCGGCACGGCGAGUGGAAAGCUUUGUCUGUGGAUGUAG